AUGGCUUCUGAACCGCCGACGUCGACGGCGCUUGUCCGCAAGAGGACCGACACCGAGUUGAUGCCACCGCCACCCCCUGCGAAAAAGAUCAAACGGCCAAAGAGAGUCAUCGAUGAAGACAGCUAUACCGACGCUCUAUCUCACAUUAUUGCCCGCGACUUCUUUCCGGGCCUACAACAAGCAGAAUCACAGCGAGAGUAUUUGGAUGCGCUGGAAUCAAAGGACCCAGAAUGGAUUUCAAGCGCCACCCAGCGUCUGCAGCAAGCAAUGACUCCCGGACGACAUCAAGCACCCAGCCGCUCGUUCCAUUCAGCUCCCUCAGGCUCCGGUUCAGAAACGCCCAUGGGCUACGCCGGCGAUACCCCCAUGAGUACGGUAUCCUCGAGGACAGUGCAGGAAAACAGCAAACUGGACACGAAAAUGAGCUUAGGCGCAUUCCAGGCGAAAUACACUAGCGAGGACAACGAGAGUUUUUACAAGUUGCUGGAUAAGCAAAACCAGAAGAGGGCAGAAAAGUACGCUUGGCUGUGGAACGGAAACAAGCUACCUUCCAAGCAACAACUCAAGCAACGGGAGGUGGAACAGAAGCUGCUCGAGAGCGGGAAGAGUCUGGUGGAUGAUGGUUUCAAGAAGGACCGUCUAGCGAUCAAGAGCAAGGAUGACGACCGACCAGCUGCCCCGGCACAUUGGAAAGCAAAACCAAACAACGAACUGAUGUUCGCACCCGAAGGUGUGGACGGGGUGUUGGAGACGCCGGCCGAGCGAGCGCAGAGAGAAUCACGAGCCGAGCCGAAGAGGAUCAUUUACGAAAACACCAGAGUCCCACAACCCUAUGUACCUCCCGAAGAUAACCGAACAAGGGCUUCAUCACCGUCGCUCUCGGAUGUUAGGAAUGCGAUUGCGGGCAAUCGACGUGCUUGCGAUACAGAGACCAGCGUCGGAGGAGGUGGCGAGACACCACGGAUUAACGGCUACGCAUUUGUCGAUGACGAAGAACCAGAACCUCCGCGGAAAACGUCCAAAACACCACUUCCGGUGAUCGAUCUUGGUCCAGGUGAUGCAACGCCAAACCCGUUUCACCUUCAGGAGCAAAGAAAGAAGGAGGCGCUACAUCAUCGUAUGGUGGAGCGGAUAUCACAAUCAAAGAGAACGUCAGCGAAGCUAGGACUGACUGGAAAGGUGGAGCGUACGCCUGUACCGAAAUUCCCGAGCAGUCCUCGGGUUUCGGGUGGGUUGACGCCGGCUGCCCAAAGGUUAUGGAGCAAGAUUGGUAGCUCCGGAGGUCGGACUCCCAGCUCGCCGUUUAGUGGUGAGAUUACAAGGACACCAAGGGCUGCUGCAACGCCAAAAGUCAAGACAUCUGGUUUGCGAAAUCCGAUGAAGUAAACAAAUGAGGGGGGAGCGGGGAAGGAUAGACUGAUGAAAGG